AUGGCUGGUCUGCAUUCGGCCGCCUCGCUCUCUCUCCCGCGCCACCACGGCUUGCGCCCUGUGUCUCGGUCGGGAAGCGCAAAGCUACAGCUACUCGUGCGGCCGUCUUGCCGCACUCUGCGCGGAAUCCGGGCCUCCGCCGCGCCUCAGUUCCCGCAGGGAAGCAGCGUGAGUAGACAAACAGAGGAGUCGGCCACCGCAGAUAUCCCCGGGAUCACGCCAACGGAUUCGAUCAAUGCGUGCGUUUACGAGUUCCCGUUAAAGAUCGCCGAUCCCGUCGGUGAUAUUGUCUGGAUCGAAACGCGCAAGCCAGAGCGCUACUCUUCCGCCGCGCCGCUCUCCCCGGAUGCGCGCUUGCGCCUCGUGUCGGAGCGUCUGGUGCCAAUUCGCUCCCUCGUCAUCAGCGUCUCCGUCUCCCCGCCGAAUGCGGCGUUCCUCCCGUCGCCGCCGCCGACGACGACGGAUCCGGAGGCCGGCAAGGCGUCCGGUUGGACGGCCGUGAACGUCGCUCGAUCAGUCCUCGCCGAUCGCACGUCGCCGCGCAUGACGUCGAUCCAACGGCUACAGGAAACGAUCCUCGGCGACGUGUACGAGGAGCUCCGCACCGCGGAAGGCGCCUCGGAGCCGAUUAAGUACUACCUUUUCGAGUACGUGAACCAGAAGUCGCCGACCAUGCUGACCGGCCGCGCGAAGGACGUUUUCCGUCGGUCGUUAGCGGUGGCGGCGGAGCGCGAGGGGUACAUUUACUGCCUGACGGUCUCGACGGUGGAUUCGGAGUGGCCGCAGCUGGAGGAGGCUUUAAGGACGACCAUUGAUUCGUUUAGACUGACGGUUCCCACGGGAGAGUACGUGCCGCCGUGGAAGGACCCCUGGUGGUUCUGGUAA